AUGCUUUUAAAAUCAUUACUUUUUAUUUUAAUCAGUGCAUAUUUUGUUAAAAGUGAAACAGAUAUCAAAGUUUCAAACCUAAACGAUACUUGUUUACGAUGCCUAUGUCAUGUCGCCGGAUGUGAUCUAUCUCAUGGAUGUUCCGGAGGAUACUGUGGACCUUUUUACAUAUCCAGACUGUACUGGAUUGAUGCUGACAAACCCACUCUUCCAGAAGACAGCCCCGAUAGGAAAGAAGCCUAUGAAGACUGCGCCAGAGAAUAUCACUGUGCAAGAAAAAUAGUUGAAAACUACUUGGCGAAGUUUGGAAAGGAUUGCAAUCGAGAUGGUGUGACAGACUGCUUCGACUACAUGAUGAUCAACUACAACGGCGCCUCGUGCUCCGAACCACUCCACACCACGGCCUCGGGACGACGCAGGCUGGAGCUUUACUCACAGUGCCGGCUAGAUCAGUCU